AUGAUCGCUGCCCGGAACUUCUCUGUCGCUCGCCAGUGCAUGCGCCCGUCCCGCAUCCGCUUCUACGCCAGCCCUGCCCAGGAGGCUGUUGCGAAGUUCAAGGGUCAGAAGGGCCCUGAUGGCAAGUACACUGUUACUCUGAUUGAGGGUGACGGUAUUGGUCCUGAGAUCUCUCAGUCCAUCAAGGACAUCUUCGAGGCCGCAAAGGCCCCCAUCAAGUGGGAAUCCGUUGAUGUCACCCCUAUCCUGAAAGAUGGCAAGACCGCCAUUCCCGACGAUGCCAUUGCCAGUGUGCGCCGCAACUACGUCGCCCUCAAGGGUCCUCUCGCUACCCCCGUUGGCAAGGGUCAUGUCUCCCUGAACCUGACUCUCCGCCGUACUUUCAACCUGUUCGCCAACCUGCGUCCUUGCCGCUCCAUUGCUGGCUACAAGACCCCCUACGACAACGUCGACACUGUUCUCAUCCGUGAGAACACCGAGGGUGAAUACUCCGGUAUUGAGCAUGUUGUCGUCGACGGUGUCGUGCAGAGCAUCAAGCUCAUCACCCGCGAAGCUUCCGAGCGUGUCCUCCGUUUCGCCUUCCAGUACGCGCAGUCCAUCAACAAGAAAAAGGUCCGUGUUGUCCACAAGGCCACCAUCAUGAAGAUGUCCGACGUUCGAUGCUGA